GACAUGAAUAGUUUCCUCCCAAAUCCAUCCAUCCUCAUCAGGGUCACAAGGGGAAGAAGAGUACUCAUCCCAAGCCGACACCUUAGCCAACACAUCCUGCAGUAUACCGUUCGAUCCUUCGCCACGAACGGUUCUCAGUACAGUUCCAGCUACAAAUAUAACAAGACACUACACUCGUCAGUCGGGAUGUCUCUAAACAUCUUGAUCGUAGGCGCAGGUGUCGCCGGUCCAGCCCUCGCACUUCUCCUACAGAAAUCUGAUCCUAAUUACAACAUCACCAUAGUAGAGCGGUUUCCCUCGCUACGCGUGGCGGGGCAGCAAAUCGACAUCAAAAACCAAGGCGUCGACGUCUUGAAGAAGAUGGGACUUCUAGACGCGAUCAAAGAAGCCUGCGUCAACGAAACCGGUCUCGAGGUUGUAGACUCGGCCGGGCGGCGAAAGGCACUCAUGGGCAUUAACCCCGCCGGCCAAAGGCGCAUAACUUUGACGUCGGAGUUCGAGAUCAUGCGCGGCGACAUGGUUAAGGUGCUCUACGACGCGAGCGUCAAGCAAGACCAACAAUUGAAGCAGCUCGGGGGGAAAGGGGGGUUGACAUAUGAAUUCAGCAAGGAGCUCACAGAGCUCACCCAGACCGAUAAGGGGGUAGAAGUCACCUUCUCCGACGGGAAGAAGCAAAGCUACGACUUGGUCGUAGCGGCAGAUGGCCAGGCAUCGCGUACUAGGCGCAUGGCUUUCGGCCAGGAGGCCAACGACGAAGCCUUCAAGUCCAUCGGAGUCCACGCCGCCUACUAUGACAUCCCCCGCGCCGAAGACGAGGAGACCCUUGCGAGGGUCUACAUGGCCCCGGGAAAAAGAAUGCUGCUCACGAGAACCAGCGGCCGCCCGGCCACGCAGGUGCUGCUCUUCACCAUGGCGGGCGCGGAAGACCUGAGGAUGUCGUACAAGGAGUCGGUCGAGAAGCAGAAGGAAGCGUUUGACAAGGCAUUCCGAGGCGCCGGUUGGCAGACCGAGCGGCUGCUAGACGGGAUGAAGACGACGGGCAACUUCUGGGCGCACGAGCUCGCGCAGAUCAAGAUGAAGCAGCUGUACGCGGGGCGGGUCGCGCUGCUCGGGGACGCGGGCUACUGCCCGACGCCGUUCACGGGGAUGGGGGCGACGGGGUGUCUGAUCGGCGCGUACGUGCUGGCGGGGGAGCUGGCGCGGCACAAGAACGACGUGCCUAGCGCGCUGCGGGGGUACGACCGCGUGGUGCGGCCCGGCGUCGACGAGAUCCAGAAGCUGCCCACGGAGCUGAUGGGCGUCUUCUUCCCGUCGUCCAAGCUGGGCGUCUGGAUCCUGCAGAACGUGAUGUGGGCCGUGUCCAAGAUCGAGCCGCUGACCUACCGACCAAAGCCGGACGGCGCAUACGUGUGGCAUCUGCCGGAGUAUCCCGAGCUUAAGCUGUAA